AUGGCCCACGGAGACCUGGAUGAGGAGAGCCUGAAUGAGCUCUACACCUGGGUGGACGCCAUCCCUCUCUCCCGCCCUAAGAGGAACAUCACCCGCGACUUCAGUGAUGGAGUUCUCGUGGCCGAGGUGGUGAAGUUUUAUUUUCCCAAAAUGGUGGAAAUGCACAAUUACGCUCCAGCUAAUUCCACACAACAGAAGCUCUCCAACUGGGGACACCUGAACAGGAAAGUGUUGAGCAAAUUGAAUUUUUCCAUCCCGGAGGACAUCGUCCGGAAGAUUGCCCAGUGCACCCCAGGAGUGGUGGAGUUGGUGCUGAUCCCGUUGAGGCAGAAGAUUGAGGAGAAGCAGAAGCAAGCCAAGAUGUUCACCAGCUCUUACCAGGACCUGGGCAUGCGUGCCAUUGUGGAAGAGAACAGCUACAUGGAGACAGGCUACACGUCAAAGUCCAAACCCAACAGCACCGGGGCUUACACCAAGGACUCUCCCGGCUCGGAAGGGGGGUCCAAGGCACAGCCGGGCUACCUGGUGCCGCUGCAAACCGACACCAACCUGCGCCUGCACCUGGCCGAGCGGGAACAGGCCCUGCUGGCAUCCCAGGAGACCAUCCAGAUUCUGCAGAUGAAAAUCCGCAGGCUGGAACACCUGCUCCACCUGAAGAACGUCCGGAUCGACGACCUGAGCCGGCGCCUGCAGCAGGCGGAGCCCAAGCGGAAGUGA